UGGAAGGUAAACACAGGACACAGUUUUCACAUCCACCACUUCCUCUUUAGAAAUGAAAAUAUCAUCGUUCCAUAUUCAGUGUGGUGUUGUGUUGCUCCUGCUCUCACCUCUGAGUGUCUCCAGUCCAGUGACUACAGGAAACAGAGCUUUUCAGACCAAAUGCCUGGAGCGUCACUUUUGGUUGUCUGUCAAGUCCAGCUUCCUCGGCUCAAUGAUCCGUUUUGACUUCGAGGACCGGUCUGGAUACCACAUCCUGUCUGAGCAGGAGGCCGCUCUCUGUGGUUACACCUCCCUGAUCAAUGAUGUCGGAGACCUGGUGUUUCGUGCCUCCUUCCUGGCCUGUCACGUCCACACCCAGACGGGAUCAGACUAUCACCUGCAUGUCUGGUUUGUGAACCUCCAGGCAGAUGGGAAGGUGUUGGGGCUUUUCCCCCUCCAGCUCACUUGCUCUCUCCAGGAGCAAUGGAGCUCCAGAGAGAUCGUGUGUGAGGAAAACUACAUGGAGGUGUCCCUCUAUCUACCUGUCCUGCCUGUGAAAUAUGACAGUGACAGGAAGGCAGAGAUGGCUGUGAUGUUCCACAGAGCGGACCGGCCGUCAGAAAGAGCCACAGUGUUGUCCCUGACUGAAGCUGCUGCUCUGAGCUACCACGUCUCAAUGAGUGGCUCACGUCUCACCCUCCGCUGUCCCUAUUCCUCCCCUCUCUCAUACAUCAGAGAGGUGAAGGGAGUAGAUGUGGAGAUUGUCAGUGCAACCACACUUUACAGACUCCAGAGCAACUUCCUCGCUGUUGACACCACUGUCGCAUGUGUACUGAUUCACGGGCAGUUCAGGGACAGAGGCGUGAGGGUGGGAGUCAACGGCCAAGCUCUGAGCGAGUCUGACGCUAAAGAGAGACGAUACAAGAUCGGCAUAAAGGAGGGGAGAGUGGAGGUCAGGGUUUCUACAGGAGCCUCUGGUGGACACAUCAAG